AUCAGAUGCCAAGGAAAAAGAAAUCGUUCAGACCAAAUUUCGGAAGUGCAGAGGAUAGAGUUCUGCAAAUGGUGAGUGAGGUUCGGAUCAGAUGACACGAGAGGAACGUGAGUAGUGCUGCGAAAUCAUGUGAAGACUCAGAGCUGGACUAAAGAAUUCUACCCCGUAUGAUCAAUCACGGUAUGCCACACCAUACCGUGAUUUCACAAGUCUCUUUGUGGUGUCCUGAACUGCCAUCGUCCUCCAUGUCCUCUUCCUUUAGACCCCAAGACUUGAACCUCUGUAUAUUUGAACUUCAUGAAAAAGCAAAGCAAAGUGGGUCAUGCCCCUUUUCUGGUCACUUCUACACGAACCUCUGAAGGUCGGGAGUGUUCUGACAGUUCAGGAGAAUACUAGACUCAUGUAGAUGAUGGUCCGUUCGUCCUGUCCUCUGAAGGGCUGGUGGCUAUAAAUUGCAUGCACUGCUUCGGGGUUUCAUCGAUCACUCUUCAGAGCAGCUUCUGUGAGCGAGCAGGCUGUCAGGCAGUCAGGGAAGCGAGGGAAGCAUUGGAUCGAGACGGUCGAAGUGCACUCGAUCGAAGGUUUUUUUCGAUCUAGUUGAGGUUUUUGCUUGCACACUCGAUCGAGGUCGGUGAGGUUUAUAGGACUCGGAGUGAACGAACGAUGGCGUUGAUUCCGCGGGCAUUCGGAACCAGCUUGUUCGACCCUUUCUUCGGGAGCAGUGUAUUCGACCCUGUCGAGAACCUGUCGUUGAGUCUUUUCGAUCGAGUCUUUUCCUCUUUCGAUGAAGAUGUGAGCGCAGUGGCCAAGACUCGGGUCGAUUGGCUGGAGACUCCCGAGGCCCAUGUCUUCAAAGCAGAUCUUCCUGGCAUGAGGAAGGAAGAGAUCAAAGUUCAAGUGGUGGACGAUGGAAUCUUGAGGAUAAGCGGCGAGCGCAACAAGGAGACAGUUGACGAAAAGCAUAACUACCGACGGACCGAACGCUCGUUUGGCAAAUUCUCUCGGCAGUUCAGGCUGCCAUCCAAUGCGAAAGCUCUAGAGAUUUCUGCCAAAGUGGAGAACGGUGUCUUGACAGUCACGGUCCCCAAGAUUGAAGAGUCCAAGAAGAAAUGUCAAGUCCGAAACGUAGAAAUCGACGGCUAGAGCUGAUUGUGGACCUAGUGAAGGGGCAAAUUUUUUAAACUUCUUACCUGGCUGCGCCGGGGAUGUUACUAGACAGAAAUAUCAGAAUGCUUAUGGGUGCCUCGAUGUUCGUGCUACGAGGCAUGACUUCAUCCGAGGAGUCAUUGGUCAGAUUCUUCAUAAAAGAGAGGUUUGCAGAUAGAAGUAAUUACGGGUCUCCAUGUGUUUCAGGACGUUCACCAGUCAGUCUCUUGGUAAGAGAAUUAUGUAUAGAAAGACGAGACCAGACCGGACUUGUAAGCUGAGUUUGAUUUUCUCAUGCACUUCCUUCGCCGUGCAAUUAGUGACGCUGUAUUUGUAGAUGCUAGUGGAGGCCUGAUGUCAUGUGCCUAAAGUCUCAAGAAUUGAUUUUUUGCUUUUGCAUUGUGCGGAUUAUCUGGAAACUUUGUGAGGAAAGAAGAAUGCUCUGAAGGCG